UUCCUCUCUCCCUCCCUCCUUUGUCCCCUCAGCAUUUCUCCAUGGUGUUUUUCUCGUGCUGUGUCUGAAUGGAGAAGCCGGAUUCCCCGGACACGGCUCGCCCAUCGCCGCCGGGUGCAGGGCUCGCCGAUGAUGAGGUUCCUGUUGCCACGGCGGCGAGGGCCGAGGGAGCCGUCAGCUCCAAACUCUUUAGGUGUGCGUGUGUGAGACGAUGGCUGCCGCUGGCCUACCGAGAGGAACUCUACCACGUCGUCCUUCUCACAUGGCCAGUGCUGCUGUCUCGGAUGCUGAACUUCCUCCAGCAAUUUGUUAUCGGCGUCUUCUGCGGUCACAUCGGUAAUGCAGAACUGGCUGGAUACGCUCUGGCCUCAGCGAUGAUUAAUGUGACCAUAACCGCAACAGGCUAUGGCCUCUCCCUGGCCUGUGACACGCUCAUUUCUCAGACAUUCGGCAGUGGGAACAUGAAACGUGUGGGCGUCAUCCUCCAGAGGAGCUCAUUGAUCCUGCUGCUGUUCUGCCUGCCCUGUUGGGGUCUUCUCAUCAACACUCAGAACCUGCUGCUCAUCAUGCACCAAGAGCACGAGGUGGCCAGAAUCGCUCAGAUCUACGUGAUGGCAUUUAUUCCAGCUGUUCCAGCCAUGUACCUGCUCCAGCUGCAAGUGUCUUACUUACAAAACCAAGGGAUCACUCAGCCUCAGAUGUACACAGCAGCAGCAGCAAACGUUGUUAAUUUGGGGGCCAACUACGUCUUAAUUCACAGCCUCGAGAUGGGAGUCAUUGGAUCAGCAAUAGCUAACAGCCUCUGUCAGAUCACUUCCUGCCUGCUGCUCUACGGCUACAUCAGAUGGAAGAAGCUUCAUCUGCCUACAUGGGGAGGCUGGUCCACCGCCUGUCUGCAGGACUGGGGCUCCUAUAUGAAGCUGGCUAUUCCCAGUACAUUGAUGGUCUGCUUUGAUUGGUGGGUCUGGGAUAUUGGGGGUUUCCUUGCUGGUGUACUGGGCGAGUUGGAUCUGGCUGCCCAGCAGGUGAUGUUGGAAGUAGCAGCCAUUACAUUUAUGUUCCCUCUAGGUUUCCAUGUAGCUGCCUGUGUGCGUGUUGGGAACGCUCUGGGGGCCGGGAACCCAGCAACAGCCAUAAUCACCUGCAAAGUGUCACUGGUUAUGUCAGGGGCGCUUGCUGUGUUCCAGGGUAUCGUCAUCAUGAGCACUAAGAACGUCAUUGGCUACAUAUUUACAACUGAUGAAAAAAUUGUGGAGAUUGUCUCUGUUAGCCUCAUAGUCUACACAUUUCUACAAUUUUUCGAUGCUAUUCUGUGCGUCUGCUCAGGGAUUCUUAUUGGAGCUGGGAUGCAGAAAAUUGCGGCCUUGUCCAACCUGGUGUGUUGCUACUGCAUCGGUCUGCCGGUGGGAAUCGCUCUGAUGUUUCCUGCCAAGCUCAGAAUAUUAGGUUUGUGGCUCGGCAUCUUGACGUGUGUUUUCUUUGAGAUGAGUUUCUUCCUCUUUCUAAUCUUCAAACUCAACUGGAAGAAACUCUCAUACAAGGCUCAACUGCGAGCCGGAAAGAAAAUGGUGGUGAUACCGACGCGGCGUGGCAGUACACUGCUGGGUGAGGCCGUGGUGCCUGACACCUCAGACUUCCCCGAAACAGCCCAGUUGGAUGGUAAAGAAGCUCCUAAAACGGAGGGCUACAGUCCAGUCAACAGCCAGGACCAGGAGCUGAAAGCGGGUCACGAGGCCAACAACACGAAUACAGGAAGAGCCGAGGCGGAUGCCGAAAGUACCAAAAAGACUUCAAGCACCAAAACUGCGGCGCUGCUUUCUGUCACCGAGCUGAUCUUGCGCCGGGGAUUCGUCUUCUUGGUUUCGGUUCUCAUUUUACUAACAGGUGUCGCUUGUCACAUUGCUUUCCCUGUACAGGAGGCCUCCACUCAGAGCAGGUUCAACUUGACCCAGAACUGGACUAAUGACUCUAGUCUUACAACGCUGACUCCACAGGACCUGACCCUAAAGCUCGGUCUUUGACCUCUGGAUGUAGACAUCUAGCUGCCAUGUCUCAGUGCUGCACUCUUCCACUAAUCCACAAAAAGCUGGAAGCAACAUCAAAUGAGACUGAAACGGGCAUGAUGUCACAAAGAUCAAGAUUCAACCUGAGCAACAUGUGAUGCUAAACCUGGACGACAACACACACAAUAAAUACCUCACGAAAAGACAACUGGGACGUCAAGAAACAGACGUCCACAGACAGCUUCUGUUUUUUACCACUUUUUUCUUAUCUCGAUUAACAUUUUGUGCCAGUGACAUUAUCUCUCUUAUUGACUGAUUGAUGAAUGACGAUAAUGAAUAUUAAGCUUGUUAUUUUUUACUGUAGGUCGACGGCCAAAAUAACAUAUGGUCAUAUGAUGUUACCUUAAUCUAGAAAAGUAGCAUUGAAACUAACCAAGCCAAAUAUUAAAACUGCAGACUGAA